AUGUGCGGGGGUACAGUGAUAGCACUGCUCUCUCGUAUAGAGCCUCCCAUCCCACUAGACACAGCAGACAACACACAGCCACACACACGCAGUCAUACAGUCUCACCAAAGACGGGCAUUUGGCUGUUCGUCCACAUCAACCAUGAUGACAAGCCAGGAGGAUUCUCCAGAACAGGAGAUGACCUACUACAACCUCCCGAUCAGACUCGUGGCUCAACUUGGAACAGACAGAGACAGAGCUCCCCUGCCCGUAAACUGGGGAUGACCAGGAAAGAGAAGGACACGAGGGACUUUAAGGAGAAUGAGAACCCAGAAGAGAAGGAGAAAAUACAUAAUGAGCAAGAGCUCAAGUCGCUGUAUAAAGAGCUGCUGUACACUAUCACCCACAAGCUGGGGAAGCCAGCCUCGGCAGAGGUCUUCACUGACAACCAGCUGCACCAAUACAUCAGAGAGGCUUUCUCUAUGGCAGUGGAUGAACACCAGAGUCUGACAGAGAGGGUCCAGAACACAGAGCCUCCAGUCUACUGUCUGAUGGCCACUGUGAAGGAAGCCACGGGCAUCCUGGGAAAAGACGUCAGUGGUUUCAGUGACCCAUACUGCUUACUGACCAUCCUGGAGGAUGAGAAGGAGAGCAGGACACGGCGGUCCAGACCUAAACCKCGUAAAGCCGUGGUGAAGGACGCCGCCUCAGACGAGAAGGUUUACACGACAGACACAAAGAAACAGACCCUCAACCCCAUCUGGAACCAGACCUUCGUACUGGAGUUUGAAGACACUACAGUGGCCAGCUUCCACAUCGAGAUGUGGGACAAGGAUGAGGAUUUGUCUCUGGCACAGAAGCUAGAGGAGAUCCGAACCAAUUUCCAUGGACUGAGGAGAAUGCUUAAGAAGGAGAUAAGGCCCCAGGAUGAUACUUUGGGAACAUUGGUGCUGGACUUGAAGGUAAUUAUCAGUCCAAAAACAUCACAUUGCUCACCCCAGGUGUGGUUUGUUGCCUGUUAUCCAGAUCGGGGCCAGUGUCAUCUGCAGCUCAAAUUCAUCCAUAAAGAGAGAGACGGGACUUUGAGUGCUGGUCGUAGUGCUUACGUCAACUACUGUGGGAUCCUACUGCAGUUUGUCCAGUCACACAUCGCUAAGCAGCAGGGUAGUGUUCCAUGGAAGGGGGAGUUGUGUGGGGAGGGACAGACCCUGUUGGAACUCUACGCCACUCAGUGUAACCUCUCGCCUUUCCUGCAGGACCUUGCGAAGUGGAUGGCCUACAGUAAACUAUACCAYAGUUUAGAGGUGGARUCCUCAGUGCUGCUCCAGCAGCUGACCAGUAUAGAGUACCACUGGCACCAGCAGGAUCUACCCUACCAACAGAAACAGGAGCUAGGGGACUCUCUCCAUGGUUUCCUGCAGUACGGACUGUGUCUCGUGGCCAAAUACAGAGACAUCUUUCCCCCAACGCAGGACGCUACCCCUCGCUUACACAGACUGCUCAGGUACCCUGCUUCUGGUACACAGAGUGUUCACCAUAAAGAAGGUUACACCAGCCCUUAUGAAAAGACCGUGAGUGCUCUCUCUAGGCUGAUAGGUGAAGUACAGCAGGACAUCAAGCACAACAAGGACUGCUGGAAUAGAGUGUUUGUCAGUGCUGUGCAGGUGGAUGUGUUCACUGUAGUCUACCAAAAGCUGGACUUCCUGCUGGCGGGGGAGGUGAGAGACACUCUCAGCCUGUUGGAGGGUGAGAUGGAGCAGAGUCUAGCCAAUAGCCUGUUCCCUCUCUACCUAAGUCUACAGGUCAUCCACAAAGACAAGGCCUUCCUACAGAAAAGGGGUAAACUGUUGGAGCUGACUAACUUCCAUGAGGGCUUCCGUGAGGCGCUUCCCUAUUGGUUGAACAAGGCCUUCAGCACCACUCAGGGCAGGGUGGAGAGAGCUGUACAGGUGGACCAGCUCCAGCCGCUGCAGUCGGGCCCGGUGCCCAUAAAACACAGUUCGUCAGCAGUAGACCUGGUYASCUGUGUCCAGCCCAUCUGUCAGCUGUGGGAGCAACUCUCCUGGCCAGACCCUGAGGAGGCCUUCAUGCUCAUGGUCAAACUCACUGAGGACGUGUGUAAGAUUGUGAUGAACUACUGUCGUAUCCUGAAGGAGCGGGUCAGGGAGCUGUCUGAGAACUCAGACCCCGGCAGUGCUGUCAACAUGCUGUGUGUAGUAGUGAAUGACUUGGAACACCUGAGGUCAGUGCUGAUCCGCCUGCCCCAGCAACUCAACUGGGCAGGGCUUCGAGAACGUACCCUUCACGUGAUAGGGGACCCUCAGUUCCACAACGUGCUCCCCUCACAGCUGCAGCAUGCACAGGGGGUCCUCAACAAAGAGAUACGCUCUGCCUUAGAGACCGUUGGACGGAAGCUGAAUUCAGACAUUGCGAUGUACGUCCGCAGCAUGUCUACUCGAUGCAGAAUCCCCUCCAAAUCCACUGAAGAAGCUGUGGUUCCCCUGAUAAAAUAUCUGGAGAGAGAACUGCAGUACAUGAAUGAGAACCUAGUCCAAGAGAACUUCAACAGUCUGUUGACUCCGUUGUGGACUAACUCCAUAAGGACCUUAUACCAGGUAGCUACACAGCAGAAGCAGGAGGAUGGACUCAUGGUGUUCUGUCAACGACUGCAAUUCACACUCCAGUGUCUGGAGCAGUGUUUUCAUGCUGAGGGGAAUGGACUGCCACUGGAUACUCUUCACAUUGACAGCUACAAGAUUCUGAAAGCUCAUCUGACACACAACUCUCUCAACUGCAAGCAGCUCAUAGAGAAAUUCCUGGAUAGAAAAGUAUGGGAGCAGAAGGUUUACAGUGGAGAGAAGUACGGCGCGGUCACACUACUAGCAUCCUACAGGAGGUCUGACCAUAGACUCAGAGUGGAAGUGUUGAAUGCAGCUAACCUCCUACCCAUGGACUCCAACGGUUCCAGUGAUCCGUUUGUCCAGUUGCGUCUGGAGCCUGGUCAUGUGUUUUCUGAGGUGGAGCCUCGCACCACCCAGAUCAAGAACUGUGACCUCAACCCCCUGUUCGACGAGGCCUUCGAGUUUCUGGUGUCAGUGGAGCAGUGCCAGGCUGCGGGAGCGUGUCUGGUGGUGACAGUGUUGGACUAUGACACCCUGACAACAGACGACUUCGAGGGGGAGGCCUUCCUGGCUCUGAAGGCAGUGCCGGGGGUCGGAGAGGGAUCAGGGGACAGACAGGGGCACAAGCCAGACCCCUCCCCGGCCCAGAUACGUCUGCCGCUCAUGCACCCCAAACCAAAUGAUGACAGUAUCCUGAAGCUGUUGGAGUCGAGGAGAGGAGAGAGGGAGGCUCAGCUGUUUGUGAAGAAACGCAGACAGAGAGAGAAACAGUCCCAGGACGGGAAACAAUAAUAACACAGCUUCAUCCAAAAAUAUAAAUUUGUUUUAUUUUUCUAUACCAAAACACACAAAAUGAAACACUGUUGGUGGCUGCAGUAGGACAAGGUGUGAACUUUGUGCCAGGUCUAUGUAUAGUAGUGAUCGUGUCUUUUCACUGGUUAUCAACACACCCACACACCCCUGCUGUUUCCAAAGCCUGACACCUGGUGUAGUCAGUGCAUGUAGCAAGUAUGACAUACAAGAACUAUGUAUAUUUGACACGAGUUUGACAUACUGUGAAAUAUCAAAAUGCUUACAAAUGUAAAUUAUGCCCCAGAAACAUUAUACAUAGAUUUUGAUUAAAAAGAGGCUGGCAUUUGA